GAUGAACAUUCAGAAGACACAUAGACGUUUCACUGUUCUGUGCUCAGCUGAUGGACAUGAAGAUGAAGCCAAUUUAUGUUUCCAUGGUGAUGGUUGUGAUGACAACACUGGUGGUCUCCAGCGUCGGACGACGCCAGACUUGGACAACAACAGGCUACCCUGGAGAGAACCUGACAAGGAAGAUGUUCACUCUGUCUAGAAAUGGAGGGAGAAUACAUUUCUUCCCUCCAUCUUUCUCAGUGAGCCCCCCAUCGUCGACUUCCAUCACUUCUGCCUGGGGGAAAAACUUUACAACACCCCACCCCACCAUCAACACCACCACCACCACCACCACCACCCCCCCCACCCAUCCCUGGACCACACCAACACCUUCCUCUAGAGGUGUGUCGGUGUGUCUGCGUUUCCUGACAGACUCUUACCUGUCAGACAACUUCCCCCUCUUCACCCUUAGUCCGUCCAGGUCUCCUCUGCAGGUGGACGUGGGCAUCUCUGGUAUGUUCAGGCUGUCCUUUGACUCCUGGGGUCACAACACCAUCUUCUUGAAACCCAACGUGAGGUUCUGGUCGAAUAUGUGGCCGAACAUGUGGACCAGCGUCUGCGUCACCGUGGAUCCACUGAAGAAUGUAGCUCAGCUGUUCAGUGGCUCAUUCAUGAGCAUCAGGAAACUGAUACCUGGUCAGUACUUGUGGUCUGGUGAGCCUGUGGUGUAUUUCUUAGGUUUUGAUGGUCAGGUGACAGAUCUUCAGGUGUGGGAUUAUCCUCUUCACUACAGAGAAAUCUACAGCUACAUGCAGUUGUAUGGGUACCAAGGUUCUGUCCUCACCUGGUCCAGGAUUGGCUAUGCUCUCCAAGGAAAUGCCCUAUUGGAAGACACCUUUGAGCUGCAGAGAAAGCAACCAAUCAGCAGAAAGGGGCGGGGCCAAAGAAACAGAAUAAGAUUCUCUUCAAGGGCAGAAAGAAAAAGACAGCAGCUGUAAAACAUAAACACAGACAGGGAUAUGUGUAUCGGUCCUCAUACUCAGGAAUUAAUAUUCACACAAUGAAUAAUUAAUCACAUCAAAUUCAAGUGUUGCUGAUUUAUCUGUUUAUCUUUACUAAUUUUCUACUUAAAUAAUAAACAGUAAUGAACAGAGCACACUAGUCUUUG